ACUCACCCAUCACCAACCAUCGACGUCAAAAACAAAGAUGGCUCAAGGAAACGGUAUACUUCCGCCACUGAAGCGCUCGUCAGCGUCGCAGUCACCCAUACAUGAGCCAGCUACAAAACGACAAAAACGACAUUACCAUCACAAUCACAAGCUCCAUCAUCCCGUCCAGACACAACUUCGAGAGCCUGCAUUACUCGACGAUGGUGCCGUUGCGCAUCUUCUUGAAUGCUCGAUUGGUCAGAUAUUGACUGAGACUGGGUAUGAUAUUGCUGAGCCUACGGCGAUUGAUGCCUUUCGACACGCGACUGAAGAGUAUAUCCUCCAUUUAGCAUCAUUUGCGCGUCAAUCGAUGACAGCAUCACGACGAAUACAGCCUAUUCCUCAAGACUUUGAGUUCGCACUCCAACGAGCUUUUAUCGGCACCGAUGAAUUAACACCAUACGUCAAAUCUUUGAAAUCUGAAAAGACGAUCCCCACACUUUUACCAAGUCCUCCUCCCGAAGAAGAUGACCUUUUUGGCGCAUUCACCGGUAUACCCGUACUCAGCGAAGAAUUAAGCGGUGAAGAUGAGCGAAACCGAAUCAAUUACAUCCCGGCACAUUUCCCUCAGUUUCCAAGCAAACAUACAUAUCGAUUUACGCCGGUUUUCACAGAAAGAGAGACUGAUCCUAGGCGGAUACGGGAGCUGGGGAUGGAGGAUAGUCGACAUGGAGAAGAGGCACUACGCAAAUUGGCGCGGGCUGCAUUCAAGGAUACGCAUGCUACUGGGACAGGGAAGAGCGAGAGACGAUUAUGGGGACGGAAGACGGAGAGUGCCGAGACGAUGUUUGAGAAGACGAUUAGAGGGUUGAGUAAGAAGGUUCAGCAACCGGUUGAUUCACAAGGGGGAGGCGCGGGACAAAAGGAUAGCAAAUCCUCGCUGGCAAAUCUUGACCUGGCGCCUAUUGUCAACUGUGAGAGGAGUUUCUGGAGGAAGAGUACAUCGGGCACACAGAAAGCUGAGAAGUUGCCUGAUAAGGACUCUGUUAUUGCGAAGGUUGAGCGAUGGGUGUCGACUUGA